UAGAUUUUUUCAUAAAUGUUUUUCAAUAAAUUAAAAUAAUUUAUCAUUUUUUAAAAAAUCAUGAGUGGCAUGAGCUGUGCCAAUUGGAACCAAGCAUGGAGAAAAUAGAAGUUAGAGCGACCAUUUUACCCCACUUCAUUUCCAAGCCACUGAGACAGAGCUUGUAGAGAUAACGAAGGUCAUCAGCAACCAACACACUACGAUAACAGAACCAGAAAAAAAAAAAAAAGGUUAUAUAUAUAAAUAAAUAAAUUUAUUUCUUUAACCACCAUAAACACGCACUAAACCCAUUCGAGCAAGAGAUAGAGAGAAGCAAUGGCCAUGGCAAUGGCACUUCGCAGGCUCUCUUCUUCCUUUGACAAACCCAUUCGUCCUCUCUUCAAUGCCACUUCCGUCUAUUACAAGUCUUCGUUGCCUAAUGAAGCCGUGUACGAGAAGGAGAAAUCUGGUGUUACAUGGCCAAAGCAACUAAAUGCACCGCUGGAAGCCGUGGACCCUGAGAUUGCUGACAUCAUUGAGCUUGAGAAAGCGCGCCAAUGGAAGGGACUUGAACUCAUCCCUUCAGAGAACUUCACUUCUGUAUCGGUGAUGCAAGCUGUUGGAUCUGUAAUGACUAACAAAUACAGUGAAGGAUAUCCCGGAGCAAGAUACUAUGGAGGAAAUGAGUAUAUUGACAUGGCUGAAACCUUGUGUCAGAAGCGUGCAUUGGAAGCAUUUCGAUUGGAUCCUGCAAAAUGGGGAGUGAAUGUGCAGUCUCUAUCUGGGUCCCCAGCAAAUUUUCAAGUCUACACUGCUUUGUUAAAACCUCAUGAUAGAAUCAUGGCACUUGAUCUUCCUCAUGGAGGGCAUCUUUCUCAUGGCUAUCAGACGGACACCAAAAAAAUAUCUGCAGUGUCGAUAUUUUUUGAGACAAUGCCAUACAGAUUGAAUGAAAGCACUGGCUAUAUUGACUAUGACCAGCUGGAGAAAAGUGCCACCCUUUUCAGACCAAAGUUAAUAGUUGCUGGUGCUAGUGCUUAUGCUCGUCUUUAUGAUUAUUCACGCAUUCGCAAGGUUUGCGACAAACAAAAAGCUAUAUUGUUAGCAGAUAUGGCACACAUUAGUGGGUUGGUUGCAGCUGGUGUCAUCCCAUCACCUUUUGAGUAUGCAGAUGUAGUGACCACCACAACUCACAAGUCACUUCGUGGGCCACGUGGAGCCAUGAUUUUCUACAGGAAGGGGGUAAAAGAGAUUAACAAACAAGGCCAACAGGUGUUGUAUGACUUUGAAGACAAAAUCAAUCAAGCUGUUUUUCCUGGACUCCAAGGGGGCCCGCACAACCACACAAUUACAGGUUUAGCAGUUGCACUGAAACAGGCCACAACUCCAGAAUAUAAAGCCUAUCAGGAGCAAGUUCUCAGUAAUUGCUCAAAAUUUGCCGAGACUUUAGUGGAGAAGGGAUAUGAUCUCGUGUCUGGUGGAACUGAAAACCAUUUAGUUUUAGUGAAUUUGAAGAACAAGGGUAUUGAUGGAUCCAGAGUUGAAAAGGUUCUGGAAGCUGUUCACAUUGCUGCAAACAAAAAUACCGUUCCUGGAGAUGUAUCUGCCAUGGUUCCUGGUGGCAUAAGGAUGGGAACCCCUGCUCUUACGUCUAGGGGAUUUGUUGAGGAGGAUUUUGCUAAAGUAGCAGAAUUCUUUGAUGCUGCUGUGAAGUUGGCAGUGAAAAUCAAGGCUGCAACCAAAGGGACAAAGUUGAAGGACUUCUUGGCUGCACUUCCUAACUUCCAACCUGAAAUUGCAAAAUUGCGUCAUGAUGUUGAAGGGUAUGCCAAGCAAUUCCCAACUAUUGGGUUUGAGAAAGAAACCAUGAAGUACAAGAAUUGAGGAAACAUCCCAGCCCCAUCAGGUUAGCAGAUGGGAAACGAGGUUAUCUACCUAUUGGAGGUGUAUGAGAGAUGGCAUUAACUUGUGAAUCGUAUAUCAAGGUUGUAAAUUUAGGGCUUUUUAUCCAUAUGAAUCUUGCAAACCUUGAUCUUUAUCUGUAUCUGCUUUGAAUGUAUAUAGAUAUACAUCAACUGAAUCCAAGUAAAGCAUUGAACUUGCUUAUUUAUUGCCUAAUAA